UGGGGCUUUUUUGGAAUGCAAGUCCCAGAAGAACAUGGUGGCCUGGGCCUCUCCAACACCAUGUAUGCGCAGCUAGGGGAAAUCAUCAGCCUGGACACCUCGAUUGCUGUGACCCUGGCAGCACACCAGGCUAUCGGCCUCAAGGGCAUCGUCUUGGCCGGCAGUGAGGAGCAUAAGGCCAAAUACCCGCCCAAACUGGCAUCUGGGGAGCACAUCGCUGCCUUCUGCCUGACGGAGCCAGCCAGUGGGAGUGAUGCUGCUUCUAUCGGGACCCGGGCCACGUUAAGUGAAGAUAAAAAGCACUACGUGCUCAAUGGCUGCAAGGUCUGGAUCACCAAUGGAGGGCUGGCCAGUAUUUUUACUGUGUUUGCAAAGACCAACGUUGUUGAUUCCGACAACUUAAUAAAAGACAAAAUUACAGCAUUCAUAGUAGAGAGAGACUUCGGUGGAGUCACUAAUGGGAAAUCUGAAGACAAGUUAGGCAUCCGUGGCUCCAACACUUAUGAAGUCCGUUUUGACAACACCAGGGUGCCUGUGGGAAACAUCCUCGGAGAAGCAGGAGGCGGGUUUAAGGUGGCCACGAACAUCCUCAACAGCGGGCGGUUCAGCACGGGCAGUGCCGUGGCCAGGAUGCUCAAGACAUUGAUCGAAAUGACUGCUAAAUAUGCCUGCACAAGGAAACAGUUCAACAGGAACCUCAGUGAAUUUGGAUUAAUUCAGGAGAAGUUUGCCCUGAUGGCUCAGAAGGCUUAUGUAAUGGAAAGUAUGGCCUACCUCACUGCAGGGAUGCUGGACCAACCAGGGUUUUCCGACUACUCCAUCGAGGCUGCCAUGGUGAAGGUGUUCAGCUCAGAGGGCGCCUGGCAGUGCGUGAGUGAGGCGCUGCAGAUCUUCAGGGGCUCGGGCUACAUGAGGGGCUACCCGUUUGAGUGCAUUCUGCGUGACACCCGCAUCCUGCUCAUCUUUGAGGGAACCAACGAGAUCCUGCGGAUGUACAUCGCCCUGACAGGCCUGCAGCACGCGGGCUGCAUCCUGACUGCCAGGGAGAAUGUGUAUUACUCUGGCCGCACCGUGGAGACGUUGCUGCUCCGCUUUGGCAAGACCAUCGUGGAGGAGCAGAUGGUCUUGAAGCGGGUGGCUAACAUCCUCAUCAACCUGUAUGGCAUGACGGCCGUGCUGUCAUGUGCCAGCCGCUCAAUCCGAGUGGGGCUCCGGAACCACGACCACGAGGUUCUGUUGGCCAACAUGUUCUGCACGGAAGCUUAUCAUCAGAAUCUGUCCACCCUGUCUCAGCUGGACAGGUAUGCUCCAGAAAACCUAGAUGAACAGAUUAAGAAAGUGUCCCAACAGGUCCUAGAGAAGCGAGCUUAUGUCUGUGCCCACCCUCUGGACAGGACGUCCUGAAGCAGAAGGACGGUGUUCCCUCCUGCCCCCAGGCCAACUCACUCUUUUUCCAGAAGGCGGAGAACUUGGGGUUAUUACAAGUUGAACCGUCUCUUCCCAGUCUUCGCCGGAAGGGCUUUCUUCUGACCUGAGGGAGCCUCUUCUAGGCUGUGACUCGCAGGCACUGCUGCCUGACAGGACCCCAGGUUCUCC